CCUAAGCCUACGAUUUUCAACGCACGGCUGAGACAGUAUGAGCAGGCGCUCAAGUACACCGCGGACUUUGAAAAGACGUUCGCGCAGUACAUGGAAUCCCACGACUUCGAAGCCGCGGGACGAAGCGGUGGGUUACGGAUGGAAGAGGAGCACACUAUCAUCGAGAUCGCACCCUUCCGGUUGAAGAUGCGUCUAGGAGAUCCCGGAGCGAAGCAAGAGAUUUUGAGAGCGCUGGUGUCGGAAGUGUCGCCGUGGAUUCGCUAUGUGGAGUGA